UGACGACACGAUGUGGCCCAGGCGCUUCCCGCUUCCUCCGUCGUCGUGAGGGGUCAGCCUCCUGAACCCCUUCCUCGCCUUCGUCUCUCCUCCAGGAACCCGUCCCUUCCUCUGUCUCUUCUAUGACUCUCGACCCCCUCUCCGUUUCCCUCUGAAAACAAAUCCUUUUCUUACCCCCUUCCACCUCGCCCUGACCCUUCACCGCCCCUUCUUCAGCGCCGCUUCCUGAAGGUAUUAUUCGAGGAUCGGCCGGACCUUCGAGCGCCGCGACGCACCUCGGAGAUGGAGGAGUUCAGCGACCUGACCACCGAGUAUUUCACCGACGUCUCCUUCAGCGAGGAUGUCUUCAGCCAGUCCUCCACAACACCCUCGGCGGUUGAAGUCGGCAAUGCGGACGGGGAUGACGUGACGACCCCGGUCAACAGCAGCAGUAUGGGUGGGUCGUACCUCCGGACGGCGCCAUGGGUCGUGCCGCUCCUCGCCGUCGCCGCCACCAACGCCGCCGCCAUCGUCGCCUUCGAGGUAUACGUCUUAGUACGAGCGUUACACGGGACGCCCUCCCGGCGCCACCUGUUCCUCGGCCAGUGCCUGCUGCUGGGGCUUCUCAUGUGCUCCCUCUCCGGCCUGCCCAUCGCCCUCUCGCCCACUCCGCUCUCCUGCGGCGCCACCAGACUCUUGGUCGGUGUGUCCAGCGCGCUGGUGUUCGCGGCUCUCCUCGUCAAGUGUGUGUUCCUCAUCUCUCUAAACUCCGGAGUCUAUCUGCCAGCCCAUUACCAGGGCCUCUUGCUCUUCUUUAUCGUCCUCGUACAGGUAAGCGUAAACAUCCAAUGGCAGUGUUCGUAUCCCGCUGCUGUUACGGUAGUGAGGGACGAGGUGUCGGGGCAGCUGCAUCUCUCCUGCGUCGCCUCCUACAGGCAGUUCCUCCUGUCUCUCAUCUACGUUAUCAUCCUUAUCAUAGCAGUUGCUGCGUUAGCUAUUAAGUGCCGCGGCAUCCGCGAAAACUACCGCGAGGCGUCGUACAUCGGCGCGGCGCUGGGACUCGUGCUGCCGCUGUGGCUUUCGUGGACGCUGGCGGGGCUGAUCCUGCCGGCCAGCGUCCAGCCCGCCUGCCUCGGCUUCGGAAUGGUCGCCACCGCCACCAUCGUCUUCGUGGUCAUGUUUAUUCCUAAGGGUCGUCAGCUCGCGGCCGUGGGCAAAGAGGGCCUUUACAAGGAGGACCGCGACGACCGGAUGUCCACGCUGUCCGGCGGCGCAAGAUACUCGCCCUCUUUCUUCCUCUUCAAACCCAUUAAGCCUCCCAAGGAGAUCCUGCGCCCGGCCAACUCCAUAUACAAGACUCAUUUCUCAGAUAUGUUCGGUUACGGCGCACUCCCUCCACCCACCCAGCUACCGCCCCCCGCACCUCACUACUGGCCGCCACUGCACUAUUACCACCAUUACUAUCCAGGCGUGAGUCGAGGCGACGAGGGGGUGUACACCAGCAUAGAGCGACCUGCGCCUGAUUUCGCAGUCUCCUCCAACCCGAACUUCUACUUAUUUCGUUCCCACAGUCAUGCUGGGAUGAUGUACUAGCUACAGCUUAUGAACCACUGCAAGCUGAUGCAGGGUAGGCUACGAUCCCGAGGAGACCGACGGUAGUGGCAUCAGAAUAUCACUUCGACAGAUGGCUUGUUGUGUGGCCUAAUAUUAUUACCGUCACCUUGUUUGCAAAAUAAAUGGUGAAGUGCUAUAAACAUCCAGUAAAAUGGCCAUACACUGUGUUAUUACAAGAUGUCGAUGAUGUGUGAAGCAGCAACGUACAUAGUGAGGAUAAUCUGCCACUACAAGGUUAUGGAACAUGAGCCAUUCUUAACGAUGCUUGUGAUGUAAACAUAACGAUGCAUUGCCAACCCAUCACCGUUUAAGUAGUAAGGUGUCCGAUUGAAUUAAUGGAUAUUUGUACAAGAAUUGUGAUAGUGAAACAACUUUAAACAUGAUAUUUACAUAUUUUGACUUUUUAUCUGUAUGCAAAAGAGGUUGCCUGUGACCUCACUACGCCCAGUGCCCCAUGAGCUGAUAUUUUAGGCUGUCAAUUUUCGGUAUUCAUUAUCUUCUGAGGACCAUCGUGGCCUGUGGGAGCAUGUUGUUGAAUAUUGAAUACCUGGACACAUCACUCUAAAAUAUAUUGCCAAGGUGAAUUUAUAGUCAUUGUGAGUUGUAUACAAAUUGCAGUUCGUUCUUGAGAGGAUAUGAUCGUGGUACUGAUCAAAAUGACAAAGUUUCAACCGAAGACAAACAUCAGUAUUAGAUACGUUUCUGUGUAACUCAUUUCUGUGGAUUUAGUCUUAACAUGCAAUUGCCGUGACGGCGUAAUGCUGAGUGAUAUUUUGAUUAUGCCAUGUUAUUCAUCUGUAUGUUUAUCUUUAUGUGAUUAAACUUUUUGUGACUACUUUGUCCAUAAUAUUGCACACACACAUACAAACAAACAAACAAACAUAUACACAAAGUUACAUUUACACAGUUUACACUUGCACAUAUACAUGCACAAACACACAUACACAAACAUACACACACACAUACACACAUACACACACACACACACAAACACAGUGUGUGUAUAUAUAUAUACUUGUGUGUGUGUGUGUGUACAUUGUGUGUGUAUCUGUGUGUAUACAUAUAUAUACGUGCAUGCAUAUUACAUACCCAUACAUACACAUACUUAGUAUCUACUGAACAUUUUAUAGAUAAUGCAAUCAAUCAGUGACAAUCAGCUCAUAUCACUCUUCCCUAUACAUGAUACAAUAGAAUGAAUUACGGAAAUAAAUGAAUCCACACCCCAUAUCCUCCAACCCUUAAUAGAAAAAAGACACCACUUCCAGUUUCAGGUCAAGUAAUACGUGGCCAAGGUGCAUUUCCUGUGCGCUCUUCUAUUCCUGAUGCUCACAGCGCAAAGAUGCUACCCUCAAACUCGGCGAAAAUUAUGUCUCCCUUUCGAGGUAUUUCGAAAUCUAUUUGGACUUUGGUGUACUUCGGUAUAUAGCCUUGUCAUAGUCUAUAUAUCUGUAAGUUCUUCUCACUCCGAUUUCUCAUGUCUUCGGUAUUUGGUGAAAUGUUUCUUUUGGAAGAAGUGUCGAAAAUGUGAAAAAAAACACUCCAUUAUUGUAAGGUUAUUGAUCAGUAAGCAGUGCCGUAAUGAUAAAAGCUUAUAUCAUUAGUUGAUUAAUACAUUGCUUUGUAACUCAUAACAUUCAUAAAAUAUUUUCUCAUGUAUUCGUAAUCAUAUGCAGAAGCUUUGAUUCAAUCCGGUCAUAUUUGACUCAACCCUCGCAACUUUUUACAGCGUUUCUUUAACUUAUUUGUAUAAAUCUCGACUUUUGUUUCAUUCUCUCUAAGAGACUGUUCGUACUGCAAAUGCAGGCUGCAACAUUAUUGUUACUUCGUACAGGAUAAAAUUAUAAAUUUCACUCUUCUGUAUUUCCUUAACAUUUGGCCCAAUAUAUCGAUUGAGAGAAAGAAUGAAAUAUAGCAUGCAUAUAGAAUAACAGUGUCAUUCAAACCUUAACACGAAACGAAACAUUAGAAAUUCGAAAUAGAUUUUAAGAUAAGUACAUCCUCUCGCUUUCUUUGCCUUCAAACUGCACUCCUGAUCUUUCGCUGUUAUGUUUGCCUCGUCUCUCUGGCUCUUUCCACGCUCUUUCUUUCUAAUUUUUUUUUCUGAAAUCCGCAGACUUUAUAAGAAUAAUGCCAAUUGGUAUUUUUAAAUGUGUCCAUUUCCCAUGUGCAUUUUAUACAUAGAUUGUACAGCAUUGUAUAUAAGUGAUCACCUAUAAAUACUAUACAUACAUAUAGGGUGUUCUGUAGUUGUAAUUUAAUAAAAUAUAAACAAUUCUA